CAUGAGAACUUAUGUAUGUAUGUAUAUAAACGAUACCUGACCGGUCAUAUUAACAUAAUUUCCAAGCAAGUCAUUAUCGGUAGUCAUACUCGUGCGAAGUUAGUUACAAAUGGUACUGGUGAAUCGGGAAAAUCCACGUUCAUCAAACAGAUGAGAAUUAUUCACGGCUCCGGUUACUCGGAUGAAGAUAAGAGAGGAUUCAUCAAGCUGGUCUACCAAAACAUAUUCAUGGCGAUGCAGUCGAUGAUACGGGCGAUGGAACUACUCAAGAUCGAGUACGCGGAAUCAUCGAAUAUAGAAAAAGCGGAACUCGUGAGAGCAGUCGACUUUGAGACGGUCACGACAUUCGAAAGUCCAUACGUUGAAGCGAUCAAGGACUUAUGGGCAGACGCCGGAAUUCAAGAGUGUUAUGAUCGCAGACGAGAGUACCAACUAACAGACUCUGCUAAGUAUUACCUAAUGGAGAUAGAUCGAGUUGCGGCGCCAAACUAUCUCCCUACAGAACAGGACAUACUUCGUGUGAGAGUACCUACUACCGGUAUAAUUGAGUAUCCUUUUGACUUGGAAGAGAUCCGAUUUAGGAUGGUAGAUGUAGGUGGACAGAGAUCAGAAAGAAGAAAAUGGAUUCAUUGUUUUGAGAACGUCACUUCCAUUAUAUUUUUAGUAGCUUUAAGUGAAUACGAUCAAAUUUUAUUCGAAUCGGAAAACGAGAAUCGAAUGGAAGAAAGUAAAGCGCUCUUCAAAACGAUUAUAACAUAUCCCUGGUUCCAACAUUCUUCCGUUAUUUUGUUCCUAAAUAAAAAAGAUCUACUCGAAGAGAAAAUAAUGUAUUCUCAUCUGGUGGAUUAUUUUCCUGAAUACGAUGGCCCAAAGCAACAAGAUGUACCGGCCAGGGAAUUCAUCUUAAAGGUCUAUCUCAAUACGAAUCCUGAUCCUGACCGCAUGUGCUACUCUCACUUCACGUGUGCGACAGGGCCACAAAGAGAUGCCAUAGCCGCUAGAGAAUUUAUUCUAAGGAUGUUUGUCGAUCUAAAUCCAGAUAGUGAGAAGAUAAUUUAUUCUCACUUCACAUGUGCCACAGAUACGGAGAACAUCAGAUUUGUAUUUGCAGCAGUGAAGGAUACUAUCUUGCAAUCUAAUCUAAAGGAAUAUAAUCUGGUCUAGAUGAGAAGAUAUCGACUAAUUUACUUUAACAUCUUAACCAAAGUAUAUUGCGGUAUAGAGACAUUGUUAAACGACAACAGGAGCAGGGAAAAAUGAUAUACCGAAGGGAGACAAGGAAUAAACGAUAACUAUAUAUUGUGGUGCCAUCGAUGAAGCAUCGCAGUUCCAUCAUAAGGAGUACCAACUUUAGCUAAUAAAAAUAUGUAAUAAGAUGGAACUACCAGCGAGACAAACAAAGACGGACCUAAAUCUGAGCGUUAUACGUUCUUUCCUAAUACCUUUUCACUAUUAAUACCAACAAACUGAUUUAGUUUCGUACUCCAUUUGUUGAAUUUGUUACCUUUUUAUAGCUUAGUUUAGUCGAUUAUGCUGCGCUAACUGCGCCCUGUCAUCGUCUGAUUUUUAUAUAACGAGAUAAACAAAUGAACAAGAAAUAUUAGAUGGGAAACGUCUAAAAGGAUUACAAAAAAAAAAAAAAAACAAACAAACAAAAAACAAAAAAAAACAACAACAAAACAGAAAGAAAAAAAACGCAGCCAUGCUCGUGUUGUUAAAUCUGUCCAAGUGUUUUUUUUUUAAAUCCCAAAAUAUAAAAUUGGGGAUUACCAAAGGAAGGCGUGAAGGGGAAAGGCUGGACAAAAGUCCAAGGUGAAAGGUAAUGGAGCAAAGAGGGCGUAGAGGAAGAGGAUAUCAAGAAGGAUGAC